AUGCUCAGAUGGUAUCAGAAUUGCCUGUCUCGACGUCCAGUCUUGACGCAGAGUCUAACAACUGCAUGUCUCUUUGCUGUUGGUGAUGGCCUUGCCCAGCAAGGGGUUGAACAAAAGGGCUUCAAACACCAUGACUUGACGCGCACGGCCAGAAUGGCGCUCUACGGAGGAGUCGCCACGAAAUGGUUCCAAUUCCUUCAGAAUCGGAUCAAUCUUUCAUCUCCCCAGAGAACGCUUUUGGCGCGUGUGGCCACCGACCAGCUUGUCUGCGCUCCAACUAUGAUUGGGGUAUUUCUUUCCAGCAUGUCCGUUUUAGAGGGCAGUGAUCCGCGCGAAAAGCUUCAACGAACCUAUUGGGAGGCACUGCGUACCAAUUGGACCGUGUGGCCUGUUUUCCAAGGAAUCAACCUAUAUCUGGUCCCUUUGCAGUACCGGGUUUUGGUUGUGAAUGUAUUGAACAUCGGUUGGAACUGCUUUCUAAGCUUUUUGAAUAACGCCGAAGAUGCUCAUGCAGUUCCUGAUAUCUAA